CAAUCCAUUUUUUGAAGAAGAAGAGAAGAGUCGUAAAAUAAAUCAGCUGAUUAUCAUUGAAUCGUGUUGAUGGUUGAAUGAAUAAUGUUAAGAAGUAUAGAUUUUGUUUCGUAGUUUCCAACGACAACAACAACAAAACCAGAAAAUGUAUCCACCAACUUUUGUAGAAGGAUGGUCAGAUUUAGAAUCGAUCCAAAAAAUUCAAUAUAAUCGUCUUGGCCAUACUGAUAUGUAUGUUUCAUUGAUUAGUUUUGGUGCUGCACAUGUUGGCCGUAAUUGUUCAUUAUCGAUUAUUAAUGAUGAUAAAAAUCAACAAACAACAACAAUGAUAGAUUGUAAUAUCAUCAAACAACGAGAAGCAGUUAUUGAUACAAUUUGUGAAGCAAUACGUCUCGGUAUUAAUCUAGUUGAUACAUCACCAUUCUAUGGAAUGGGAUUAUCUCAAAUUAUUGUUGGUCAGGCAUUGAAAAAAAUUCCACGUAAAUCAUAUUAUUUGUCAACAAAAGUUGGACGACAUUCUGAUUGUACAUUUGAUUAUAGCCGUAAAGCUAUUGUAAAAUCAAUUGAUAAUAGUUUAAAAACAUUGAAUGUUGAUUAUAUUGAUAUUUUAUAUGUUCAUGAUGUAGAAUUUUGUCCAAGUAUAGAAAUGCUAUUAAAUGAAACAUUACCCGAAUUAGAACGAUUACGUUUGUUGGGAAAAAUUCGUUAUAUAGGUAUUUCUGGUUAUCCAUUAUCAUUGAUUAGAGAAAUUUUGGAAAAAAGUUCAAUACAAAUUAAUGUCAUACUUAGUUAUUGUCGUUAUUCACUUUGGGAUAAUGAACUAAUUAAUUAUUUGGAUUAUUUUAAGUCAAAAAAUAUUGGAAUUAUAAAUGCAGCUAUAUUCGGUAUGGGAUUAUUAGCUAAUGAUAAUUCUACUGAAAUUCCAAAAUGGCAUCCAGCAUCGGAAAAAAUUAAAAAUCGUUGUCAACUUGCACGGAAAAUUUGUAUGGCAAAUGGAUCAAUUCCAUUAACUCGAUUAGCAAUUAGAUAUUCAUUACUUGAAAAACGUAUCGACACACAUUUGAUUGGAAUGGAAAGUUUGGAUAUUGUCAAAAGUAAUUUAUCAGUAAUCAAAGAAUCAAAUGAUAAUUAUAUUCAUCAUGAAAUUGAAUUACUUGAUUUAAUUUUACAACAAGCAUUUGAAAAAUCUAUUAUGCAAACAUCAUCAUCAUCAUCAUCAACAUUAAAUGAAAAUUGGGAACAAGUUGAAGUGGAUCGUUACCAUGAAAAUCCUGAAAAAUUUAUUCAAUUUCUUUGUCAAUGUUGGUCGGGUACUUGUCAAUCAAAUCAAAUCAAAACUUUACCACAAAAAUAAAAAUAAAAAACUUUAGUUCAUAAUCAUCAUCAACGUGAUGAUGAGUAAAUAAAGUUAUUUUUGCGUGAUAUAAUUAAAAUGGUAAAAGAAAAACCAACAAAAA